AUGGUGGCAUCAGCCUCGAAGCCAUUCAACAACUCUGUGGCUCCAUUAUCCAUGUACGCCAAUGCCGAUGACUCCGACUCGGAUUCCUCUGAUGAUGAAUUCACAAGCCCUGUCCGACCACGACGGCCACGUUCCUCAGAUGAUGAAUUCACAAGCCCUGUACGACCACGACGGCCACGUCAGGGAUUCCAGGAGGUCCAGUUCACCAUGGCAGAAGAGCCCAAAGAGACCAGCGAUGAAGCAGCCAAAGCUGAUGAAACACCUGAAGAACCUAAAGCAGCUCCAGUUCCAGUGGCCAAACUGACUGUACCUAUCACUGAACUUCCAAAGCCUAACGAGUGCAGCACCGAGCAAGACACCCGAACGACCAAUGAAAUCAUCAAGGAUUUCCGGGACACUGGAUUAGUUGCAGGCGUUGGCGGCGGCAAUGUCAGGCCAAAGGGCGUGGCAUUUGAUAUCCACUUUGACACCGUGAGGGUGCGCCCCAAGACAGCCAAGGGCGUCCGUGUCCCAAAGGCACCUCGUCGUCUUGAGAGGCUCGAGUUGCCCGCCAAAGGAGAAGGGGAGAAAAUUGCAAAUAAAAUCAAGGAGAAGCAGGAGAAAGCUGCCCGCAAAAGACAGGCAAUUCAUGAAUCCAGGCUCCAGAAGAAAAAGGAGAAGGAUGACAAAAAGAAGAGAGCUGUUCAGUUUGUAGCUGAUGCUGAUGAGCAGAAGAAGCAGGCAGCCGCACAGAAAAUCGCCCUGAAAGCAGAGCGCGUGAAGAGCGCCCGCCUCAGUCAGCUUCAAGACCGCCAGCGCAAGGUCGAGAUGAAAUCUCAGAAACACCAGAAGGUCCUCGACGCCAUCGCUGCGGCCGAUGAGCAGAAGAAGAAUGAUCUUGCUGAGAAGAUUGCCAGCAAGGCCGAACGGGUGAAGAGCGCCCGCCUGAGUUCUACCCAGGAGAGAAAGGCCAAAGUAGCUGCUACCAAGAGGCACCGAGAUAGUGUUCGCAGACGCUGCGAAUGUCAAAAUUGCCCAGACCCAGAUUAUGACAAGAUCAGCACUUACAAUGGCAGCAGCAAUAACAGCAGCAGGAGUGGUAGUCGUUGCAGUGACACGGGCAGUCUCAAGAGUGGGGAGCUGCCCCCAUCUUACUUCAAGACCAGCUCCUGUCUCGUUUCUGUAGACCAAGACGAGCAGUAUGAUGACUUCUUUGAUAAGCCUGUUGGAGAAGGUGCUGAGGAAUGA